CGUAACGUCUUAUUCCUAUCGGUAAAACAGAACUAAUUCAAAGAUGAAAAGUGGAAAUCAAAUAACGGCCGAGGCACUGAAGGAACAGGGUGUCGAAUAUGUUUUUGGGAUAAUGGGACAUCCCGUGAUCGAUCUGGCCCUGUCCAUGCAGAUCGCGGGUCUUCAGUACCUUGGAUUUAGAAAUGAGCAAGCCGCUUGCUAUGCCGCGCAGGCUUAUGGGUACCUAACGACAAAACCAGCGGCAGUUUUGUGUGUAUCUGGACCGGGAUUGCUUCAUGUUAUAGGCGGUAUGGCGAACGCUCAAGUGAAUUGUUGGCCGGUUAUAGUAAUUGGUGGAUCGUGUGCUCAAGACCACGAGGGUAUUGGAGGUUUUCAGGAAUGGCCACAGGUAGAAUCCUGUAAGCCCUAUUGUAAAUACGCCGCUAGACCACCGUCCGCAACAUUAAUACCGCUUCACGUGGAAAAGGCCGUUCGACUCUCUACUUAUGGUCGACCUGGUGCCGUUUACUUGGAUUUUCCAGCCACGCUAUUAACUCAAUCGGUCAAUCAUGAAAAAAUAUACAAGGUUGCACCCUGUCCACCACCGCCAUUGAUAUUUCCUGAUCGUCGAUUAAUUGAACAAGCAGCUAGUUUGCUCAUGCGUGCGAAAAAGCCAUUAGUGAUUGUAGGAAAAGGGGCUGCUUAUGGCAGAGCUGAGAAUGAAGUCCGUAGCCUGGUAUAUUCGACGGGUCUUCCUUUCUUACCGACACCAAUGGGAAAAGGAGUUGUUCCAGAUACAGAUGAAAGAUGCGUCUCCAGCGCAAGAACUUAUGCAUUGCAACAAAGUGAUGUCAUUUUGUUACUAGGUGCCAGAUUCAAUUGGAUGUUACAUUUCGGUCGACCACCACGUUUCCAGCCUGAUGUUAAAGUGAUACAGAUUGACUUCUGUCCAGAAGAGUUGCACAAUUCUGUUUCUUCUGCAGUCGCCAUUCAAUCUGAUAUAUCCACAGCUGUAGAUGGUCUUGUUACCAUUUUGAAAGAACGCAAAUGGACUAUUGAAAAGAAUAACCCAUGGUGGAAAGAUCUAGUAGUUAAAUCGAAGAAAAACAAAGCAAUGAUUCAAAGGAUGUCAGCGGAUACUUCGGUACCUUUAAAUUACUAUACUGUUUUUAAACAUAUUCAGGAUACCAUUCCUUCUGAUUGUAUUAUUUGCUCAGAAGGAGCUAACACAAUGGAUAUUGGGAAAACGAUUUUAUUGAACAACGAACCCCGUCAUAGAUUAGAUGCCGCUACCUUUGGUACUAUGGGCGUGGGCUUAGGCUUUGCUAUAGCAGCUGCGCUUUAUUGUAAAAACAAUGCGCCCACGAAAAGGGUAUUAUGCGUAGAAGGAGACAGUGCAUUUGGAUUUUCCGGCAUGGAAAUUGAAACGAUGUUUAGGUAUAAGCUGCCUAUUAUUAUUAUCAUUGUAAAUAAUAAUGGUAUUUAUAGCGGGUUAGAUAGUGAAACGUUCAGGCAAAUACAAGCUUCAGGAGAAGCAACACAAGUAACACCGCCAAAUUCUUUAACAUCUGAAACGCAUUAUGAAAGAAUGUUAGAAAUGUUUGGUUGUAAAGGACACUUUUGCACUACUGUUCAGGAUAUACAGCGUGCACUAAAAUCGUGCCUUCAGGUAAAUGAUGCUCCCAGCUUGAUAAAUAUUAUGAUUAACCCCCAAGAAAUGUUUUACUUGUUUUUAUAUUUUGCAGUGAAAGCCUCAAGAUUCUCAUAUAAAAUGAAUAAUUGUUAA